AUGGCCCGGCGCUCCAGCUCUAUGGCGCUGCUGCUCAGCUUCGGCCUUCUCUGGCUGUGUUCAGGGGUUUUGGGUACUGACACAGAGGAGCGGCUAGUGGAGCAUCUCCUGGAUCCCUCCCGCUACAACAAGCUGAUCCGUCCAGCCACUAAUGGCUCCGAGCUGGUCACUGUACAGCUCAUGGUGUCACUGGCCCAGCUUAUCAGUGUGCAUGAGCGGGAGCAGAUCAUGACCACCAAUGUCUGGCUGACCCAGGAGUGGGAAGAUUAUCGCCUCACCUGGAAGCCCGAGGACUUCGACAAUAUGAAGAAAGUCCGGCUCCCUUCCAAACACAUCUGGCUCCCAGAUGUGGUCCUAUACAACAAUGCUGACGGCAUGUACGAGGUAUCCUUCUAUUCCAAUGCGGUGGUCUCCUACGAUGGCAGCAUCUUUUGGCUACCGCCUGCCAUCUACAAGAGUGCAUGCAAGAUUGAGGUGAAGCACUUCCCCUUUGACCAGCAGAAUUGCACCAUGAAGUUCCGCUCGUGGACCUAUGACCGCACGGAGAUCGACCUGGUGCUCAAAAGUGAUGUGGCCAGCCUGGACGACUUCACACCCAGUGGGGAGUGGGACAUCAUCGCGCUGCCAGGCCGGCGCAACGAGAACCCAGAUGAUUCCACCUACGUGGACAUCACCUAUGACUUCAUCAUUCGGCGCAAGCCACUCUUCUACACUAUCAACCUCAUCAUCCCCUGCGUUCUCAUCACCUCGCUGGCCAUCCUGGUCUUCUACUUGCCCUCGGACUGCGGGGAGAAGAUGACACUUUGCAUCUCUGUGCUGUUAGCGCUUACGGUAUUCCUGCUGCUCAUCUCCAAGAUUGUGCCUCCCACCUCCCUUGACGUACCGCUGGUGGGAAAGUACCUCAUGUUCACCAUGGUGCUAGUCACCUUCUCCAUUGUCACUAGCGUGUGUGUGCUCAACGUGCACCACCGCUCGCCCACCACGCACACCAUGGCUCCCUGGGUCAAAGUGGUCUUCCUGGAGAAGCUGCCCACCCUGCUCUUCCUGCAGCAGCCCCGCCACCGCUGUGCACGGCAGCGCCUGCGCCUGCGGAGGCGCCAGCGGGAGCGCGAGGGCGCAGGCGCGCUCUUCUUCCGUGAGGGCCCUGCAGCUGACCCAUGCACCUGCUUUGUCAACCCUGCAUCAGUGCAGGGCUUGACUGGAGCCUUCAGGGCUGAGCCCGCGUCUGCAGCUGGUCCGGGGCGCUCGGUGGGGCCUUGCAGCUGCGGCCUCAGGGAGGCAGUGGACGGCGUACGCUUCAUUGCAGACCAUAUGCGAAGUGAGGAUGACGACCAGAGUGUGAGGGAGGACUGGAAAUACGUUGCCAUGGUGAUCGACCGCCUGUUCCUCUGGAUUUUUGUCUUUGUCUGUGUCUUCGGCACCAUUGGCAUGUUCCUUCAGCCUCUCUUCCAGAACUACACUGCCACUACCUUCCUCCACCCUGACCACUCAGCUCCCAGCUCCAAGUGAGGCCUCUUCUGCAGCUCCUCACCCUGUGACCCCUGGGGUUCAGUAGCACUGGGUGGAAGAUGAUCUGUCCCGCUCCACUGAAGCCCUGCUUCACACCUCCAUUCACACAUAGCCCUCCAGCCUGGAGGCUGGACCAGCUGCCUCCUGUGCAAGCCGUUCUCCUUCUCCUCCUGAGCUA